CAUGCUGCCCAAAACAAUAAAGGGAACACUUAACACAAAGUAGGUCCAAAUGUUCCCUUUAUUGUUUAAGCAGCAUACUUUUCAAUAAGAGAUUGAAAUGGACACAUAAUCAAUACUCUACAGGUCGAGUCCUGCAGAAACGUCAGUGAAUGCGCAUUAUGACCAGCAGGCGGCAGCAGAGAAACUCUUAAGAAAACAAACACUCUUAAGUUUCUCUUCAGGGUUUUGCGGCUAAAAAACAAUGAGGUGAAUAAAUGAAUGUGCCAUGCCGUUUGUGGAGUUCAUCGCAGGAUGGAUUUCAGGUGCUGUGGGUUUAGUUGUUGGACACCCUUUGGAUACAGUAAAGGUGCGCUUGCAGACCCAGUCUGUGUACGGAGGGAUACUCGACUGUGUGAUCAAAACGUACACACGUGAAGGAUUGCAUGGCUUUUUUAAGGGCAUGUCCUUUCCUGUGCUUUCGGUUGCCGUCAGCAAUGCUGUGGCAUUCGGAUCCUACAGUAACGCCCUGGAUUACCUGACCCAGUCCCACCACAACGACCACAGCCAGCGCUCUCCGCUCUCUUACGUCUUCAUGGCCGGCUGUUUCUCAGGUCUAGCACAGUUAUUCGUAACCGCUCCGAUAGACCUGGUUAAAGUGCGUCUGCAGAACCAGACCAGAAGCAGAUCGGCUGGGAACAAAUACAGAGGGCCAUUACACUGCGUCGCUGUGAUCGUCAGAGAGGACGGGCUGAAAGGGCUAUUUAGGGGAUUCUGGGCUCUUGCUCUUCGAGACGUGCCUUGUUAUGGACUUUACUUCCUGCCAUACGAGUUCACCUUAAGGAUGAUGACAGAAAAAGGGAAGCAGCCAGGUCACUGUGCUGUGCUGGCGGCCGGCGGUGUUGCUGGUGUGAUCACGUGGGCCUGCGCGACCCCUAUGGACGUAGUGAAAGCUCGACUGCAGAUGUCCGGCGGUGGCGGUCGGGUCUACAGCGGCGUGCUGAACUGCAUUACUGUGAGUGUUCGUGAGGAGGGCAUACGCGUCUUCUUCAAAGGUCUUCUCCUCAACAGCGUGAGAGCUUUCCCCGUCAAUGCCGUGACCUUCCUCAGCUACGAGAUGAUUCUGAGAGCCUGUGUGGACUGAGCACUGCAGGGCUGGUGGCAUCUUGAAGACCAAAACAUCGGUGGGGUAUUUGAGUUUUUGAUCAAAUGCCUGAAAUUAGGUUUAUGCAUCAUUAGCGAUGUUUCCAUCCACCUAUUUUAAUGCACAUUUUGGACACGCGUAUGAAAAAAUGGUUGAUGGAAAAUGCACAUAAACAACAUAUACACCAGACAUAAGGUUGGCUAGGACCAACACACACUCACGUUCAUGUCAUCGUUAGUAAAUCCCAACGUGAGCGUGAAAUCUGGCGUACACAACGUUUUUGUGCGUACGCAUCGUUGAUACAUGGGGCCCUAGGUGUAAACAGCCCCUUCAAGAUGCAUGGAGCAAGUUUUUGAGCAAUGUUGCAUGGCUUUCUUCUAGAGCUGCACAAUUCUGGCUAAAAUGAGAAUCGCGAUUUUUUUAUUUAUUUAUUUUAUUUUAUUAUUUUUUUGCUCAAAAUAAAGAUCACGAUUUUCGCACGAUUCUGUAGAUAUAAAAUGAAGGUAUGGUAAAAACAAACAUAUGGCACAACAUCAAUAAUAAUAUUAUGAGAAGGUCCACUGGUUUUUAUAAGUAAUUCUAUUUUACUUAUAAUAAUUCUGAUGUUGAAUUAUUAUGUUUGAGAUAUACGCUUGCAAUCUGUCAUAUUAGACAAAUU